GAACCUGUCGCCUGUUGUUAGCUUGUUCGCUUUAGCUAAUGGGUUGCUAACAUAAACAAUUUGCCAAUUUUAUGUGGAUUCUGGUAUUUUGACUGCAUGUAUAGCAUUUAACCAAGGAAAUGACUGCAGCAUUGCGUUGUAAAGCGUCCUGUGAGUAAGCCAGCUAACGUUACUUAGCAACCAAUGCUUGAUAAAAGGUGUUAGCAUGUUAGCAUGUUAGCUAACUGUUGUUUUUCCUGAUCUUUUACUCCAGGUGAAUUGUGAAAGAGGGAAAACGAUUGAUUGAUUUUCUCUUAGUAUACAUUCAGAUAUAUGUUUAUAUUUAUCCAGAAUGAACCCAAAUAAUGUUUUUGGUAGACAGCAAGGUGCUUUCCAGACCCCUAGUAAUGUCAGUCAGAGUAGUGGUUUGUUCCAGUCACUUUCUCAGCAGAGUGGUACAUCACCUAACAUUGGCUUUGGGCAGAAGCCACCCUUUGGCCAACCUUCAGCUUUUAUCCAACCACCAGUUUUUGCUCAAGCGUCUGCACAAGCGUCUGUUUUUGGUCAAACAUCAUCAUUUGGUCAGUCACCCUCUUUUGGUCAAAGUGGUGGUUUAGGACAGUCGUCUUCCUUCAGCUCCACUUCUCAAGCGCCGGCUUUUGGACAGCCGGCUUCGAGUCAGGCAACGCUUGGAUUUGGAGCACCUCCACCUUCAGCUGCACAGAGUCAGACUCCAGCAUUUGGUCAGGUUCAGGCAUUUGGCCAGACCUCUGGAUUUGGACAAACCACAUCUGGAUUUGGCAUUUCCUCCAGUAAUUCACAACCGCCUAGUUAUUCUAUCAGCACCGGAGGAUCUCAGCCUUUUGGUCAGCCGUCUGCCUUUGCUACCACAAGCUCUGCUGUUAGCGGUCAGAGCAACACACAGACUAGUGCAUUUGGGACAAAAUUUAACUUUAAGCCUCCAAAUGAAACUGUCUUCAAACCUAUUUUUAGUGUGAGUCCAGUACCUCCCAGUGUCCAACCUGUUCCAGCUCCUGAGCCUUUUGGUGCAUCUAAGCCAGUUACAGGUGGUUCAGAUAGCAGUAGUUCUGGAGGGUCUCUUUUCACUGGUGUAAAAUCAAGCACUCUGGGGUUCAGUUUCUCGCAGCCUGGAGCAGUCCCUUCUGCUUCAGUUGCAACUUCUAACACGUCUCAGACUUCAGGUGGUACGAUUGGUGCAAACACUCUACAAUUCACAUUUUCUCAACCUGCCAAUCCCUCGGGCAGCAGCAGCACUGUCACUGCUGCUCAAUCCACCAGCAUUUCCAGCAGCCCUUCUGCAUUUAGUUUCUCUGCAAAAGUUGUUCAGCCUCAGACAGUUUUUGGCCAACCUUCAUUUGCAUUUAGUAGUUUAAAACCUGAAGAGAGUUCAGAAGUGAGAAAUGAGGAGAGCUCAGGAGAUGCAGCUUUUGUAAGUCUUGGGAAGGGCAUGAAAAGGAAAGAAGAGCCCAGUGACACAAAUGCUAGUCAUGGAAAAAGUUCCAAAGUUGAGGAAGUGCAAGGUGAAUCUGUAGGCCCUAGACAUUCAUCUAAGCGGCCCCUUAUUAGAAGUAGAGGAGCUGCAGGUGGACUGUUUAUGAAUGCAUUGAGUGGACUAAUGAAGGCAUCAGUCAACAAGAAAGAAGAACGAACCACUGACAGAGCUCCUCUGGAGAGACCAGACCCCCCGGUUACAGAUGUGGAUGUUCCUCUUACUCCACCUAGACCUCCAGCUCCCAUAAGACAAGUUCUGGAAAAAGGGGAGAAGCCAGCUUCUGAGCCUGAAGUAGAGACGGGAAGCCCAUCUCGAAGAGCUGGACGUGGAGAUAGCACUGAUAGCCUGUCUGGUCUCUCUCCCUCUGAACUCACUGCCAUCCAGUGCAAGGGAAUCCCACCCAAACUCAACCGGAAAGACCUAGUCAAAAAACAUUUUGGCCGCUUUGGGAAAGUGCACAGAGUGUACUGCAGACCUGAAAAGAAUCUUGUUAUUGUUCAUUUCUAUGAUCAUGCAUCUGCAGCAUUGGCAAAAAAGAAGGGGAAACAUUUCCAGGGGACUGAAAUCCAUAUAUUUUGGCAAAGAAAGAAACAAAGCCCAGGCACAAAAAGAGAGAAACCUUCAGAAGCUAAGGAUGUGGUUAGUGCAGAAGAGCUGUCAAGGCAAGAGGGCUCCGUCGCCCCACUGAGAAAACCAGGGCCCAGACCUCCUGCUGUCAGCACUUCACUUGUUAAAGGAUCUCCUGCCAAGAAAUUCUCGGCAGCUAAAACCCUCCAGUUUGAUAGUGACCUCCAACAGGAUGUAGGCUCAGAAUGUCAGAGUAUAGAUCGACCAGUGAUCAUCAUGCCAUCCUCGCUUCAGCCUCUGAUUGGGCAAAUAGCUGAAACAGCAGAAGAAAAAUACCGCCUUCUUGAGCAGAGAGACAAGAUUCUUCGCCAGAUGAGAUCAAAGAGAACUGACUUGGACAUGUCCAAAGUGUUUGUGGGAACAUGUCCAGAUAUGUGCCCAGAGAAGGAGCGCUACAUGAGAGAAACCCGUAACCAACUCAGCGUUUUUGAACUCGUUCCAGAUACAGAAAAGGUGGACCACCCUGCUGCCAUUAAAGAAUACAGCAGGUCAUCAGCUGACCAGGAGGAGCCUCUCCCGCAUGAGCUAAGGCCUCUGCCAGUUCUGACCAUGACAAUGCACUACUUGGUCACUCAGAUAAUGGACCAAGGCGAGGGUAACUACAGAGAUUGGUAUGACUUUGUUUGGAACAGAACCAGAGGAAUUCGCAAGGAUAUUACACAGCAGCAUCUAUGUGACCCGCUGACUGUGUCUCUAAUAGAGAAAUGCACUCGCUUCCACAUCCACUGUGCCCACCAUCUGUGCCAGGAACCUAUGAUGUCCUUCGAUGCUAAGAUUAAUAAUGAGAACAUGACCAAGUGCCUCCAGAGUUUGAAAGAGAUGUAUCAGGACCUGGAUUCCAAGGAUGUGUACUGCCAAAAUGAGGCAGAGUUCCGUCAGUACAAUGUUCUGCUCAAACUGAACGAUGGUGAUAUUCUCCGUGAGGUUCAGCAAUUUCGCAAAGAAGUCCGGGACUCCGUGGAGGUGAAGUUUGCAGUUCAAGCUUUUGCAGCCCUUAACAGCAACAACUUUGUCAGAUUCUUCAAAUUGGUGAAAGCAGCAUCUUAUCUGUCUGGUUGCAUUCUCCACAGAUACUUUAACCAAGUAAGGCUUUCUGCACUGAAAGCCUUGAAUAUCGCCUAUACUGUGGGUUCUCAGCGGUCCACCACUUUCCCUUUGGAGGACUUGGUCCGAAUGCUUAUGUUUCGCAAUGCUUCUGAAGCCAUGGACUUUCUGCAGCUUUAUGGACUUAACGUUGCUGAUGGCAUGGUUGAGCUGAGCCGUACUGCUUAUCAGGAGCCGGAUUUACCCAUUCCUCCUAAGAGAUCUGUUGCCAUUGAAAAGAAGAAAAGGGUGCUGGUUGGGGAGAUUGUGAAUGGAGGCCCACUGCCCAACCCACCGCAGCACACACCGGUCUGCAGCUUUGACUCAAACAAUAAAUACAGGGGAGAUUUAGCCUCCUUGGAGUCAUUGCCUGAUGCCCUUAAAGUCAAACCCCUGGUUGAACUGGAUCCAAGACCUCAGCUCAAACCCAAAUUGCUGUCAGAGCCAAGGUUGUUCACGGAGCCCCCUGUAGCAGUGGAGGUGGUCCAGCAGGAAGACACACAGGAGACUGGAGAGUCCUCACAACAUAUUGUACCACUGCCCCCAGUAAACCCCCAGCUCAUGUUCCAGCCCAUCGCUCAGCCUAUAGUUCACCCCAUAGCUCAGCCCCAGCCUGUCAGACCUCCAUCUCCAAAGAGAGAACCAGCCUACUCUGACCAGGAGUUAAUGGCUGAAGUGGAGUCUGUGGUGGAGGAGGUCCUGACGGGCGAAGUCUUAGACAUAGCUAAAGCUGGGGCGCAAUAUGUCUCAACAGCUCUGAGUGUGAGUACAACUGAGCUUCAGACAAUUGUCAGUGACGUUGUGGCUCAGAUGCUCAGAGAAGUGUCUACAUCAGAGAUCCUGGCUGAGAAAGAGCGAAUCGCUGAGGAGAAACGCAAGCUGGAGGAAGACAGGCGGAGAAGGGAACGCGAGGCUUUCCUGGACAAGCUAAGCUCAGAGCUGUGUGCUGAAAUAAGUGAGGAGGUCCUUUCCCAGUGCACCAGGGAAAUGGCUGAUAUAGAAAUAAAACUUGCAUUGGAGGAGAAGGCUGCAUGUGUGGCUGGAUGCACAGAGCAAGUGUGUAACAGCUUAGUGGAGGAGACAUUGGCUAUGGAACUUGACUGCCUGGUCAGAGAGGUGGUGGAGGCACAUUUAUGGCAGAUACACAAGGUUAUUAAGAGGUGGCGUGAUGUGGUAGCAAUACGUAGACAGUUGAAGAGACAGAUGCGUGGAUUCCCUGCAGCCCCAUGCUGUGUCGAUCCUCGUUUCAAGCUGAAAGCUUUGGUUCCAAGUGCUCCGUCCUUCCCAUCUAUGGACACACUUGCUCGAGGCCUCAUCAACCUGGGCAAUGCAGGGAACAUGGUAGUGUCCUGCACGAGGUUAUUAAAAACAAGGAAUGACACUAUUCGAAAGAUGCGAGUAGAUCACUAUUACAGUUUGCUAUUGAGUGAGCGUGUAUGGUCUCAUCUCGACCUGACGACUCUUGUGGCUGAAAGCACCUCUAAUCCACCUGACAGAAUCUUCUGGAAAGCCACUCUUCUGCUACCCAGUGACCAGGACAGUAACAUGAGCAGCAUAUUGACCAAAUGGCUGAAAGUUAAGCUGGGUGGUGGAGAGAGGAUGGAAGAAAACAUGGCAGAGUCAGAAGGGAAGCUCAAAACUCUGGUUAUCAGUAACAGCUUGAGAGAUGUUGGACAAAAGACCCACAAAGUUCAUAUCUGCAUAAAGGUGAGCCAAGGGCCUCUGAGCGAGGAGGGGCAGAUUCAGCUGGAGGAGAAGAAUCAGCUCCUAGGUACCAGAUCUCUACUGAUGCUAUUACCCACUCUACCCUGCAUUGGGAUUGAUGAGGAGGAUGUACCCCUCCUCUCUGCCCUCCUCCAGCUGAAGCAGGUUCAGCAGGCCAGCGGCUGGGACACUGCACUACCCUUGGCACUGCUCAUACCUGACCAGCUUGAAGGAGCAGUUAGUGACCAGAAGUUAGAAGAAGUGCUUAUGCUGAAGACAUUAGUUCAAGAUGGGCUUAUAUCAGAAUACAUCUUUAUCCAUCUCUCUGGGAGUGUGACUGAUCUACAAGGAUCCAAACAACUUAGCGAAGCUGUUCGCUGGCUGAUUGCUCACUCUCCAGCCUCUACAGUCCUCUCCUCUCAGCCUCUGCUCCAGUUUGUGGAAGGAGGAUUGUGUCGUGAGUUUCACAGCAGGUUUUUUCAUGACAAGCAGGAGAGGGCACAGGCAGCUCUGCCAUGCCAAGAGCCAGCGGUAGUCAUCCAACUCUAUAACAGUGUGCUGGUCCAUCUGGCAGAUGUAGUCAGCUCCAAGAGGCUUGUUCGUAUCUCUUGGCCCCCAUCUGAAUUCUCUUUGCCUGAGAACAGACAUAUUGUACCACAUCUAGACUGGAAUUCCCCUCAGCACCUGGAAUGGCUAAGAAGAGCAAUCCUCAGUCUGCAGAUCCCUGAGUUGAAAUGUCCUCCUGAAAACGCUCCAUGGCCCUAUUUGUGCACAUCCAUAUUUGAGUAUGUGUCCCAGAUCCCCAGCUCUGCCCAAAGCCAGCCCCUCCUUAUGUCACAUCUAGAGCACCUGCUAGCAAGAGUACAUGCUCAUUACCUGCAACAAGUUCAUCAAGAUGAAGCAUGUGAAGGGAUUUCCUUUAGUCACAUACCCUGGGAUGACAUUUUGAUUCUAUGCAUAGAGCAUAAACUGAAAGACUGGCACUUCCCAGAGAGUCCAGUAGCAGCAGAUGCUUUCGCUGACAAAGGAGAGAUUUUUGUGUAUUAUUACAAAGAGGAACUUAAAGAUUUUCCUCCUCCUGUGAGUUGGGUAGCAGCAGUGAAUCGCACCCACAUGGAGAAACAGCAGAACACAGUAAGGUCAAAUAUGAUCUCCACACUCCCUCUGACCCCAGCAGCAUUGUUCCCUAGACAGAGACUGUUUGAGAGUCUGAUAGAAGCAGAGGAGAAGCCCUCUAUGUUAGACAUCUCUCAUACUCCUUCUCCUCAGGAGCUCCUGCCUCAGCGACUGCUCUCUGGGAUACAACAAGAGAAAGCUCAAAGUCAGAGGUUUGAAGAACAGCUGCAGCGCUGGUUAGCGUUGGAACCUCUAGACUCGGCCACCACACCUCUGUUUGUGCCAUCCACGCUGCUAUCCAUGCCUGAGAUACUAAUUCCUAUACAGCGCCCCAGUGCUUCUGCUGCCUGCAGCAUACAGGAACUAGAAACAGAAGACCCUUCUGAGGUGCCUUGCACUUACAGUAAAAGGGGAACUUUGUCUCUAACACAACGACUGAAAGAGCUCGAUAGACUGGUAUUAGCAAAUCGAGAGGAGGAGCUGGCAUGCAGUCUCAAGCUAAACAGCCUACUUGAUAUUAUAGAAGACUGAGUCAUGCUCUCCUGCCAUUUUUAUAUAACAGUGAUUCUGCAUGAUGGGUCAAUAUUUGUUACAUACUGAUAACAUAUUGGGAUCUUAUAAGCUUCUGUCAGGGUUAAGAAUGAUCGAGGAUCUUUAUAAUACUACAGAACCUUAUAAUACAAUGGUCAUGCUUUUGGUAACUGAUUUUGUUGAUGUAACUGAUUUUGUUUCGUUGAUGUAUAAACGUGUGUGAAUCUGAGAUGUUUGUGAAUAAACGUGUGUGAAUCUGAGAUAUGUUUGUGUAUAAACGUGUGUGAAUCUGAGAUAUGUUUGUGUAUGAACGUGUGUGAAUCUGAGAUGUGAUGUUUGUGUGCUGCUGAUGGAAAAUUCUGUUAAUUGCUAUGAUUAAAAAGUGAGAUAUUGGGAAUGUAUUUUUGCAUUUAAACAUGUUGCAAUAAAGUUUUUUUUCACUUAUGUUUGCUGAUUUACAGUUUUUGCCAAAAAAAAUAAAUAAAUGAAAAAAAUUGACUUGUA